GGAAUGCCGACUAUGCUGUUAUUGAUUUGAAAACAAAAGACAAUAUCAAUACUGUAUAUCUAUUGUACGCAGGGAAGAAUGUGUUUCAUUACCGCUAUCUUGUCUACAUGAGACCGGUAAUUGGUUUCAUGGGAGCUGGCUGUGGCACAUUACCAGAGGAUACUGCAGUCUGGCAUUAAUUCAAAGGGCUGAGCAAUGACCUCUCAACCAGAUAACUUAAUACUGUCCUCUGGUCAGGACUUCAGCAUGGACUACACCUCCUGGGACAUUCAGCUGAAGAUUACUGGCCUGGGCUUCAUCUUCUACACCUUCAUCUUCUUCCUCUGUCACGUACUGUCGACUCUGCUGUUUCAGACCUACCGCUCAUUGUCGGCCAAAGAAAAGGUUUUCUGGGAUUUGGCUGCAACACGGGCUGUGUUUGGCAUUCAGGGCAUUGUGGCAGGUCUUCGGGCCCUCAUGGAGGAAUCUGUUCUCUUCUCUGAUAAGAUUCUCGGACAGGAAGACUGGUCCUGGUUCAACAUUCUAACUUCUACGGGCUUCUUCCUGUUUGAAAACAUGGCCCUCCACAUGUCCAAUGUGGUGUUUCGUUCCUUUGACCUGCCGUUAGCUGUUCACCACUUCUUCGCCCUGGCGGGGUUUGCAGGGGCGGUUGUGUGGAACUGGCAGGGUCAUUUCCUCCCUAUGGUGACACUGCUCCUGGAGAUGAGCACACCCUUCACAUGCAUAUCCUGGAUGCUGCUAAAGGCGGGCUGGUCCAAGACGGUGUUCUGGAAAGCUAACCAGUGGAUGAUGAUCCACAUGUUCCACUGCCGGAUGGUUGUGUCCUAUUACAUGUGGUGGGUGUGUUUGAAUCACUGGGAGGAGAUGAACACCCACAUCCCGCUGCCUCAGAGACUGCUGUUCUUCACAGGCCUCUUCCUGCUCACCUUCUUCCUUAACCCCAUUUGGACACAUAAGAAAACCCUGCAGCUUCUCAAUCCUGUGGACUGGAACUUUCACAACCAGUCUCCGCCGGAGAAUGGACCAUUACAAGAGCAGACACAACAAAAGCCCCAUGCAAGCUGAUUAAUGCCAAGGGAAAUACAGUUUGGAGGAUACUGUUGCUUUUAGUGGGUUUGAUUUAAAUUGUUUUAGCACUAACUAGUAGCAUUUGCUACAACAUGAGCACCCUAGUGUUGUUCCGAGUCUGUUUUGCUUCUGUGGAACUGCGUUUUAUUUAUUUUUUUGUCCAUACAGUGUAAGUCAGUCCAAAACAAAACCUCAUGUUAAAGUAAAAGUUGACCCCAAAUUUAAAUUUUACCCACCUGUCACUUAUUCUAAACAUAAUUUUCUUUUUUCUGUUGAACACAGUUUAAGAUAUUUUGAAGAAUGAUGAAAACAAGUAUCAGUUGACUUGCAUAUUUUCUUUUUAUACUAUUUAUAUAAGUGUUUGGACUUUCAGUAGUUGGGCUUAAACCACACUGAACUGAAAUU